AUGCAAGUUCAGGUGGCGGUGGUGGAUGGUAGUUGUAAUCCUCAACAUCAUAGGGAAAAUUUUGGAUCAUCAAAGAGGGACAAAGCAAUGAUGGUAGAGUUCAAGGGACAAGAGGACACGUCAAUUAUCUUCUUCGAACACAUUGUAGAGUAUAGGAGGCAUAUUUCUAUUGUAGGAGCUACUCCGCUAGAAGGUGUUUUUCCUCCGUUUGAUCCUAUUUCUGACAGUAAAAGUGUUGAUUUGUUUGAACUUGAGGCCUCACCCCACCAACAUGAGAGUCCUUUGGCUGCUGAAAGCAUCAAUUCUUCACCACUCCUUAUUGGUCAAGAUGAUCAUUCAUUAAGUGUUGUUCCGUGGGAGCCAUCAAAAUUUGAAGGUUCUUAUGGAAGUUUCAGUUUCAGAGGCCUUUGGGGACAAAAACAACUUUUGUUGCUCUGGGCCAGCUCUUUAUUGAUUGCAAACUAUUCUAUAAGAGAGUGGAGGAAUUCAUUAGCCAUGCAUCAUCACUGGCUGAAAUUGACUCAUGCAUCCGCCAUGACCACCUUUCUGAUUGAAUUUGGUUACAGUGGAAGGAGGGCUUGUUCUUGGUCAGGAGUUGUUUCAACCUCACAAGUGGCUGGGAGAGUUUUGCCUCUUGGGAGGAUGCAGAAGUGGCACUUUCCAACUAUAUUGCUUCUAAGUAUGAUAAUCAUCACAAAGCCGGAGGACAGAUGCCACAUGAAGAACUAUGUAACAGGGCACAUGUCAACUGCAAAUCGAAUGAAUUUGUAUGGUGCAUUGUAG